AUGCUCCUGAUAAUAACACUGGCUCGGAGAUCUGAUAAGCCCCAUCGGAAGCGGAUGGUAAAGACGUCACAGGAAAGAUAUGAAGAGGAACAAGCUCACUUAUUCACAUCCUUUGCAUCUACCGUGAACCGAAUCGUUGUCCCGAGGAGUCACCAAAGCCCUAGCAUUUCCGUCGAUUCCCGCGUCCGGGAUACGAGCAGCCAGAUACCCUUGGUCUACCGACCCUAUCCUGACUAUAACAGCCGGCGGUGGAAGGAAACGCAUUCGGUGCCUUUUAUCCCCUGCCAAGGGCCUCGAGGAAAGCUUCUGAAUGAAAGCUCGGAUGAUGAGGUGGGGGUCUACGUUGGAGUCCCGGAAGGCUUUCCGGCACCCAUGUUCGGUUCCCAUGAGGCUAUCGGGUUUGAUGGGGCGCUGUCCUUCGAUCGCUACAGCCGAUACGGGGCCUACGGGUUUGGGGAAAAUGAAACCUCGGUGGCGAACUGGAUCCGACCAACCAAGGUGGACUGGGAUCAGGUCAACUGGGGCCAGUUGCAGAAUCAAUGUCUGCAACGCAACGCCGACCGCUUCCUUGCAGGCGAGAGCGGUUCUUCCCAUGAUCACGGGGUGGAAACCCGGACCGCUGUGCUUAUCCGCACGUUCACGGACCGGGAAUAUACCGAGAACGAUAUCCAGGUCAUUCGGUCCAUGGUGACCGAGCUGUCACUCCAAUCAGGAAGAGAGUACCAGGUCAUUCUUUUUCUCCAUGUCAAGGAUCCCAGUGUUGCGAUUCACGAGCCCGACGUAUAUCGCCAGGUGGUGGAGACAAGUGUUCCCCAAGAGUUCUGGGACAUGACGGUGCUAUGGAAGGAGCCGGCCGUGGCGGUUCGCUACCCGAACCUGGACCGCAGCAUCACCGAUGUUCAUCACUCCCAAUGGCUUUCCGUCCAAGCCUUCGCGCUCGAGCAUCCGGAAUUCCACUUCAUCUGGAACUGGGAACUCGACACUCGAUUCACCGGCCACCACUAUGAGUUUGUCGAUCGGAUCGCCGACUUCGCCCGCAAGCAACCACGGCGGGGGCUGUGGGAACGAAACGCACGGUUCUACAUCCCGGGGGUGCACGGGGAGUAUGGGACUUCCUUCCGAGCAUACGUGCAAACCCAGGAAAAUGAAGCCGUCUGGGGCCCAUCUCCCAUUGACAUCCAAAACCCACCCUUCGAACCGGUAGGAUCGUCACCACCCGUGCAAGAACCUCACGAGGACAACUAUGAAUGGGGCGUGGGCGAAGAUGCCGACUUGAUCACCUUCCUCCCCAUCUUCCACCCCCUGGGGACCAAAUGGGUCAUCCGCAACGAGGUCUGGGGAUAUCCUGCGUCCACGACCGUCCCCCGUCGGGCGGCAUUGGUGACGCACUAUCGUCUCUCCCGAUCACUGCUUCUCGCGAUGCAUGCGGAGAAUCUCGCGGGACGCCACCUGGGCUCCGAAUUAUUCCCCGCCACCACCGCCUUUCUGCACGGACUGAAAGCAGUGUCGGUUCCACAUCCGAUCUACGACGACAAGGACGUCCCGGCGAUGCGGGUGGACCGGUGGUUCAAUUCUGGAGUCAACGGCCGCAGCGGCAGCACCGUGGAUAGUCCCUUUUCGUGGGGUCGAGAGACGCGCUUUCGGGAUGUGUCGUGGUAUUAUCGGGCGAAUCUGCCCGGUCGACUGUAUUGGAAUUUCCUGGGGUGGGAGAAGGAUGGGACGGGCGGUGCCUCCUAUGAAGCUCAACACGGACGGGUCUGUCUGCCAUCCAUCCUCUUCCAUCCGGUCAAGGACGUCCACCCGGACAGCGAUAGUACGGGUUAUAUAUUCGAUGCUGAGCUGGGCGUUGAAGCUGUUGACUAGCUUGGAAAGUCCUAUACAUUACGAGUUGGGAGACGAGAUCGGGUUCGAUUGAUUCAGACGAGUGAUUCCGGCAGUAGAGCCAGAAUACAUGGGACAUAGCGGAGUACCAAGUUUACUUUUAUGUUCAUGUUCACUGCGACAACACUCAUUAUACCUCUU